UAUGAGCAACAGAAAAUUAAAACACUAUAUGUAUAUAUUUGACAUUAACCACGUAGAUGGGACUCUUGCGCGGUAUAAUAACAUGUGAAGUACAUACGAAAAAUGGGUUUUCUGUAAAAAAAUCUCAGAGACUCGGGGAACGAGCGAACAGAACGCAGAAUACGAAAAGGUUACUUUAUAUCAGCAAGGGGAGGAGGAUAGUUCUCAAGGAGAAUGAUGCAUAGAAGGAGGGAAAGAAGGAGAGAAAAAAAAUGCUAUUCGACACUUUCGUUGAUUACGUCGCGUUUCAACUAUAGCGUAUUGUACACGUAAUGAUAUGCUUGCGUAUAAUUACUAUUUCAAUAGGAACCGUUGAGCGAUUCGCGAACGUAGCGGUGACGGCGUCAACCAGCGCGGGCGAGUGGGGAAAAGCUUCAGGUCAGUGGCGCCAAACAUGUACUCCAGACGUUAUCGAAAAUAUGGACGAUGAUUCGAAUAAUUGGAACGAAGUCAAACCAUCAGAGGACGGUAAACGAAAUCAUUCUAGCUCUCCCGAACAAAACACUCUGCGAACACCGGUGAAGAAAAUGCAAAGCUCUAGCAGACCACCCCAAAAUUAUGACAACCAAUUCAGAUUCAUAUAGAACUUUGGUCCGUUUCUUAAGAGAAGAAAAAUCUGAAUUUCAUACCUACCAGCUCAAAGAAGACAAACCAUUUCGAGUUGUCAUUCGCAAUCUUCACUCAACUACUCCACCGGAGUUAAUCAAAUCCAAGCUCAAACAACGUCUUUUUGAAGUCAGGCAGAUCUCAGGCCGUCCAACACAAAGUAAAUAAAAAUCCACUAUCUCUGUUCUUUGUGGACCUUGAACCAAUCAGCCAAUUCAAAGACAUCUUCCAACUCACGUCCCUUAUCCAUACAAAAAUUAAAGUGGAGGAACCUAUUAAGGCUAAAACUAUUAGACAAUGCACUAACUGUCAAGUAUAUGGAUACACCAAAUUGUACUGUGGCUAUCCAGCUCGCUGUGUUUGCUGCGAUGGUCAUCAUUUAUCAGCAGACUGUCCGAACACCCGUGAUAUCUCACCUAAAAGCGCUUUCUGCUCUGGCGAUCACCCAUCAAAUUACAAAGGAUGUUCCAUCUAUAAGGACCUACAAAGAAAAAAAAAAAAAAUCAAAAAUCAAGUAAUCACUUAUCUAAUAAUUUUAGCUUUAAAAAUACUUAUGUACAAGAUGCCCACACAGUGAAAGCCUCCAAAACGCACUCUUAAGAAUCGACGCCUACCUACGCGAAAGCUACUUCCAAUUCUCAUUCCAAUCAUACGGUACCUUCAUCUACUCCAGACAUAAACAAAAUAAUGUCAACCUUCAUUGAUGAGUUUAAAAAAUUAAUUAAUCCUUUAACCACCCUACUAACCAAAGUAAUUUUAAAACUUCUAGAUUAAAAAUAUGUCUUCUCCUACAAAAAACCUACUUCUGAUUCUCCAAUUUAAUAAUAAUGGCUUCA